UAGCUCAUUGUUCCCGGAAAGGCCGCCAGCAGCAGUGUACGUGUGCAACACAACCAUGGCUGAGGCGAGCGACACAACUCUGGCUUUCUUCACCAAAGCUACACCGAGUCAAUGGAGACAUGUCUUGUCGUUAUACAAGGAGGUGCUCAAACAGAAAGCUGCACUUCGAGCUUCAAAGAAGGGAGGACCAGAAGAACUCAUCAAAUUGGACGUCUGGUACCAAGAACAGCUGCCCAAAGUUAUUCGGGCUCGCAAGGACAUGCACCUUCUUCAUGAUGAACUCGUCAAGGUCAUGAAGUGGAAGUUAAUGCGAGGCAAGUAUCGACCACAGUUGCUCGACUUGGUUAAAAUAAACACCGAGCUUGCUGUGAAGUCCACGAGCAAGAAGGCAUUCCGCAAACUGCCCAACCUGUCCAGUGCCAUCACAGCACUUACAAACCUCAAGGGCAUAGGGCCUGCCACAGCAUCAGCUAUCUUGGCAGCAGCAUUCCCUGACCAAGCACCAUACAUGGCAGAUGAAAGCAUGCUGUCUACACCUGGUGUUGAGGCAACUGACUACACACUAGCAGAAUAUAUUAACUAUGCCGAACGUAUCAAGACUUGCACUGACCAGCUUGCACAGAAAGAUCCGGAAGGAACCUGGACACCACACAAAGUGGAGCUGGUCUUAUGGGCUCACUAUGUUGCCCGAGAGCUCAAGCCCUCUCUCCUGGAUGACCUCAACAAAUACAAAGACGGUUCCACUCCACCUGCCACCCCCAAUGGAAACAGUUGUAUCGCAGCCGACUCCAACGGUGGCAGCCACGAUGACACAACUACACCCUCCGCCAACGACAGGCCUGGGUCCUCGUCCGAUUCGCGCUCCAGUGCGGAGGACGAGAGUUCCAGCCAAGACGCUCCCGACAAUGGAGCUCUGGGCUCCGCAGCCGAGGAGGAGUCUUCAGAUGUGUCCUCAUCAAAAGGUGGCGGAAAGAGGGAACUGGACGACGAAGAGGGUAGCAGAGAGGGAGACAGUGAGAGCACAAAGAAGAAAUUAUGUGCAUGAGGGCCCAGCAACGAGAAACCUACCACCUCCUUGUGUGUUAUUAUAUUUCUCUGCCGAAUUUCAUUUCGUUUGGCGGGGGUUGCUGAGGAAAACUGUGGAGUUGAAAUUGUGAAUGGCCCAGUAGUUAAAUAUGCCUUGCCUCAAAGUAUUGCCACUGUGCUAAUAUCUACUACUAUCUACUAUCAUGCUGCAAUUUAGUGCAGAAUGAAAUCACAAAAUGCAUCAACGAGCUCUUCCAGGGAAAAUUAUGUAACCCAUUAUUAAGUCACCUUCAGUGAAGAUUGGGUCAUCGACAGCAGAAAGACUGACAGGAGUCUGAUUCUGUUUGCAUGUUCUCCAUAAACAGUACCUUGAGACAAAGCAACUCUCGUUUGAGGCAGUUUCUUUUGCGAUGUGCAGUGGCACGUGAAAUUUGCAUCUUGAUCUGAUUUUGCCCUGCAGGCCAUUUACAGCCACUUUUGCUAAAUUUAGGUGGCACAAGGACACUUUGCAGAGAAUGCCGUAGGUAAACGUAAAAUUGCUCGACUCUACCGUACACCUCUGACCUUCCCCUGUCAAUUUGCCCACCAUCAACCUUUUUGUUCCCCCAAGAAUGUAUGGAGACUGUUCCCAUUGUGCAGAAAGUGAUGUGUUGCAGGUUUUCAUAAUCUCACGUUGUCACUGUGUUACCAACCAGAUUAACCUCUAUAAGGUUUACUUUUAAGCAAGAUGGAUGAAUCAUUUGUAAUAACGGGAUUGCCUUUUAGGAAAUUGAGUGCACACUCUACACGAGUUGAGCUCCUUUGUGGACCAUGAAGUGAUUUGAAACGAGACCUGCCUUUGAUUGUCCAUUCUGCCCUUGUUACAUUGUUUCUGGCCUUUCCCCAUAUUUUGUUACAAGACUUUCUCCUUAAGCAAAAUGCCUUCUACAAAAGUGAUGACUGUUCUGCUCUGUGCAAAAGAAAAAAAAGCAGUUGUAUAUACUAUAUCUGUUUAGGCAGUGGGUAUAAUAUGCCAUGUGCAUUAUGUCUCCAGAUUGGUCUUUGGUCUACCUCAUCUCUGUUGUGAAGCUUUUCCUGGAAGCAGAUAUUGUUUCCCUCCGUUUUGAAGAGGAGACUGUGGCUGUGCCCCUUUCUCUGCCUGCAAUCUUAUUUUUCUCCGCCACAAAAUGCCACUACUGAAGCUGGUGUUUAUAGGCUUGUUUCAAAAAAGGGGCGAGGCCACAUGUAGUUUGUGUUUUUAUCCCCCCUCAUGUUCCUGCAUCAUCCUGUGCACUUGUCUGCCUUCUGUUUAUUUGUAGGACAAUUAAACACUUUUCCAGAAAAUGUGAA